AUGUUCUUCCAAACAUUUCUGGCAAGCAUCGUGCUCGUUGGGGCUACUUGGGGCUACACAGUCGACCCCCCAACGGCGGCAUCUUCUGACACGAUUCAAGACUGUACACUUUGGAUGAUUGCUUCAACAGGCGACACUUGCCAAGGGAUAUCCAACACGUAUGGACUUGAGCUUUCGCAACUGUUCACAUAUAACCCUUCGCUUGCAAGUGCCUGCGCCAUUGUAGUUGGUCAAUCCUACUGUGUUGAACAGAAUUGGGGCGUACCACCGGAAACUCCAACCACAUCGAAAACAACAACCACUGCUGCCCCUACAACUACUGGCAAUGGCGUAUCCACGCCAACACCAACAAUGGGCGGCUUGACCAGCAACUGCAACAAGUUCUACUUUGUUCCCAAGGGCAGCUCCUGCAAAGCAGUCCUGGAUACCAAUGGCAUUACCAUUGCGCAGCUCUAUGCCUGGAACACUGAUGUGUUGGCAGACUGUACAGGCCUAUGGGCCGAGGUGUAUGUUUGCGUCGGCAUCAUAGGAGAGACUACAACUCCAAAUCCGACCACAUCGGCCACAACGACCACGACCACGACCCCCGGCAACGGCGUCACCACGCCCACUCCCACGCAGCCGGGUAUGGUGAGCAACUGCCAAAAGUUUUAUUUUGUGAGCCCGGGAACUUCCUGCAGCGCCGUACUCGCGGCAAACUCCAUCACGCUCGCAGACCUCUACGCCUAUAACUCGGGCGUGGGUGCAGACUGCUCAGGCAUGUGGGCGUCCGUCUAUGUUUGUGUUGGAGUCAUCGGAGGAGGGCAAGUGACGACGACUUCAACAACAACGAGUAUUCCUCCUACCACCACCACUACACCCGGGAACGGUGUCUCAACACCAACGCCGACCCAGCCAGGCAUGGUGAGCAACUGUGACAAGUUCUUUUUUGUCCAGCCUGGCACAAGCUGCAGUGCCGUGCUCAGUUCUACAGGUCUUACGCUGGCCCAGCUGUACGCGCUCAACUCUGGUGUGGGCGCAGACUGCUCGGUCGUCUCGGGUGACACAUGCAGUGUCGUUUCAACUAAGACCGGGGUAUCUACUGCCAACAUUAUUGCCUGGAAUCCCCAAGCUGGUUCUACUUGCAACAUAUGGCUCGGUUAUUAUAUCUGUGUCGGUAUCUAG